AUGACAACCCCCGGUGUAAAUAGCGCCAAUGUCAGUUCUCGCAAUUCGCCUGCCACCGGAUCGUCGGCGACCCAGGCAUCGUCAAGACCGAAGCGUAAAGUGAACACGAAUGGCUACCAUCCCGCCAAUUCGCAGAUCCCUCUGAGCUCUAUGGCCAGCAUAGGACUGGAUCUCACCUCGGUCGAACGCCGCGGCCAGCCGACGGCGGUGCGCGAGUCUCUUCAGAAAAAGUCACGCCCGCAUGGCAUAUCCGAAGCCCCUACCUACUGUCCGACCGAAGAGGAGUGGCGGGAUCCCUUGGAGUAUAUGAAGAAGAUCACGCCAGAGGCCUCGCAGUAUGGUAUAUGCAAGAUUAUCCCGCCAGACUCGUGGAACCCUGAUUUUGCCAUUGACACAGAGAAAUUUCAUUUCCGAACUCGAAAGCAGGAGCUUAAUUCUGUAGAAGGCAGCACUCGAGCCAGCCUCACCUAUCUUGAUGGCCUCUCCAAAUUUCACAAACAGCAAGGCAGCAAUUUACACCGAUUGCCAUAUGUCGAUAAAAAACCACUAGACUUGUACCGCUUGAAAAAGGCCGUCGAAUCCCGCGGCGGCUUUGAUAAGGUCUGCAAAUUGAAGAAAUGGGCAGAAAUUGGACGAGAUUUAGGCUACAGUGGCAAGAUUAUGUCAUCGCUUUCAACUUCCCUGAAAAAUUCAUAUCAGCGAUGGCUUUGCCCCUACGAGGAAUACCUACGACUUGCCAAGCCAGGUGUGCAUCAACAGCUAGAACAAGAAUACGGAGGACCAUUGACUCCUAGCCCGGCGCACACACCAGCCAAGAAGUCUCACGUGAACACUCCAUCCAGUGCGAAGGGCGACUCACCAGCCAGACAGGCUUCAGAUGUCUUGCAGGGAAGUUUAAAUGGCUUGAAAAGAGAGGCUGACCGCGACACUCCCAUGCUUGAUGCCCCUCCACCAGCUCCCACAUCUGCUGCGACGGGGGGUUUCAAGGCCAUCAAUACCAACGGAUUCACUCCAGUGAACGCUGCCUCGAAAUCUGCCAAUAGUGAGAGCAGAAGCUUCACACCGGAUCUCAAGCGACUGGGUAGCCCGGCGGCCUCUGCUAGCAAUACACCUGACGCCCGGUCUGGCCUGAAUCCGGCUGCCUCCGUCAAACGUCAAGUUGGAGACUCGAGCGACACGACCAAGAAAGAUGUAGACACUGACAUGGAAGAUGGUGAAAGCAGCAGCAGGCGUAGCAAGCGCCUCAAACGGGAACCCGUGCCCACAGUUGCUGGGUCUCACAUGACACCUUUCCGGCCAUCCAUUCCACGAAUUCCAAAGGACGAGACCAUGACUGCAGGAGAGAGGUGUGAAAAUUGCGGCCGUGGAGAGAGUAACGGAGCUCUUCUCGUCUGCGAAUCAUGUGAUAAUGCUUAUCAUGGACCCUGUCUGGACCCUCCAGUGAAGCGCAAGCCUGAUGCAGAGUGGAAUUGCCCGAGGUGUCUCGUGGGCGAUGGCCAGUUUGGCUUCGAAGAGGGCGGUCUUUACUCGCUGAAACAGUUUCAACAAAAAGCAAAUGACUUCAAGCAGGGAUAUUUUGAAAAGAAGAUGCCAUUCGAUCACACGCUUAACUGCCUUCGGCCUGUCACCGAGGAAGAUGUUGAAACUGAGUUCUGGAGGCUGGUUGCAGACCUGGAAGAAACCGUGGAAGUGGAAUAUGGUGCAGAUAUUCAUUGUACUACGCAUGGUUCGGGUUUUCCGACCCUGGAGAAGAACCCAAACAACCCGUAUGCCUCUGAUCCAUGGAAUCUCAACAUUCUGCCCCUUCAUCCUGAGAGCCUCUUCCGUCACAUCAAGUCAGACAUUUCCGGCAUGACCGUGCCUUGGGUAUACGUAGGCAUGAUAUUUUCCACUUUCUGCUGGCAUAACGAGGAUCAUUAUGCCUACUCCGCCAACUACCAGCACUUUGGAGCAACGAAGACGUGGUACGGCAUUCCGGGAGAGGACGCAGAGAAGUUUGAGGCCGCCAUGAGGGAAGCUGUUCCCGAGUUGUUUGAAACGCAGCCAGAUCUGUUGUUCCAGCUUGUCACAUUGCUAACCCCAGAACAAUUGAAGAAAGCGGGUGUGAGAGUCUACGCUCUUGACCAACGCGCCGGACAAUUUGUUAUUACAUUUCCCCAAGCAUACCAUGCCGGAUUCAAUCACGGGUUCAAUUUCAAUGAAGCAGUGAAUUUCGCACCAUCUGAUUGGGAACCGUUCGGACUUGCAGGAGUCGAACGACUACAACUUUUCAGGAAACAACCAUGCUUCUCGCACGACGAACUUCUAUGGACCGCUGCAGAUGGAAAUGCCGCAACCGGCUUAUCAAUACAGACUGCCAAGUGGCUGGGACCUGCAUUGGAUUGUAUUCGAAAACGCGAACAGGAACAACGAGCCGAAUUCCUUGCUAAACACAUAGAAGCUUCUCCUCACAAGUGUCCCAUUAGCGGCCCUGGGGAAGAGGGCUGUGGCUGUCCCCUGACCUUCAAAAUCAAAGAGCGUGACGUUCUCGAGGAGGAGGAACAGUGUUGUACUUACUGCAAAGCGUUUGCAUUUUUAUCCAGAUUCAAAUGCGGACGGACCGGCAAAACCGUCUGCAUCAUGCAUGCAGGGCACCACCCAUGUUGCGACCUUGCCGAAGAGCAACGUUUCGCUGGCGAAGACCACGCCUUGAUUUACAGAGUCACUGACGAGACCAUGGCGGAGACGUAUGAAAAGGUCGUUGAUAAAGCGCGGACGCCGGAACUGUGGGAAGAAAAGUACGCCAAAAUGCUUGAUGAAGAAACCAGCCCGUCGCUAAAAUCUCUUCGAGCCCUACUCCAUGAAGGCGAACGGGUCCCCUUCGAUCUUCCGUCCCUACUCAUUUUAAAAGAAUUCGUCGAUCGAUGCAACGAUUGGGUUGAAGAGGCUACGAACUAUAUUGUACGCAAACAGCAAAACCGUCGCAAGAACGAAAAGGCGUGGCAGAGCGGCAUGCGCAAAUCAAUCGGAAGCGCAUAUCAAGACCAAAAAGAGCGUGAGUCCCGCAAUGUGAGCAACAUUUAUCGCCUGCUUCGUGAGGCAGAGCACAUUGGAUUUGAAUGUCCCGAAAUCGGGCAACUGCAGGAGCGAGCUACAGCCAUAAAGGAAUUUCAGCUCAACGCAGCCCGUACCCUCGAAAAUACAGCUACCGUCUCAAUGGAGACUAUCGAAGAGUUGCUUGAGGAAGGCCGGAGCUUCAAUGUGGACACCCCUGAAGUCGAUCGUCUCUCCAGGGUCCUGGAGCAGAUGCGGUGGAAUCAGAAAGCUAGGUCUAGCCGCGGCUUGUUUUUGUCCUUGAAAGAUGUUACCGAGCUCAUUGAAGAUGGCAAGCGACUUGAGGUCCCCAGUUAUAACGACCAUCUCAAGUUUUAUUCUGACCAAAAGCUCGCUGGAGAGACUUGGGAAGCCAAGGCAAAGGAGCUAAUCCACGCCGCCGUCGUGCACUACCCGCAGCUCGAGGCUCUUUCCAACCAAGUUCAAGCAAACGCCCUCCCCGUGUCUCAGGAAACCCUUGCCGAAGUCGAUAGAAUCCUGCAUAAGCAGCGCGAGGCACAUCGCCAGAUUAUGGACAUCACUGAGCGCUGUCGGAACACCAAUUUCAGGAAGAGGCCCAAGUAUGCAGAGGUCGUGGACAUCAUAAGGAACGUUGAUGAGCUUAACUCGAAACCAACCGGCACAAUUGACCUAGAAAAUGAGCGUAAGCGCCAUGAAGAUUGGAUGCGUAGGGGAAAGAAAUUGUUCGGAAAAUCGAAUGCCCCUCUCCAUAUUCUGAAAAGCCAUCUUGAGUAUGUCCUGGAACGCAAUACGGAUUGCUUUGACGUGGACAACGACACACCACGCCAGCCUGCUGAGCCAGUUUCUCGCGAGGUAACCCCUGAACAGACGGGGAACCGUUUCGAUGAUCGCACGAGACAAGUUUUUUGCAUUUGUCGAAAGGUCGAGGCUGGUAUGAUGAUUGAGUGCGAGCUGUGCCAUGAGUGGUAUCAUUAUAAGUGCUUAAAGAUUGCCCGUGGCAAGGUCAAGGAAGACGACAAGUACACAUGCCCAAUUUGCGAUUGGCGAAUGAAGAUUCCUCGCGACGCAGCCCGCCCAAAGCUGGAGGACCUUAUUAAUCUAACGGAUGAGAUUCCUCAAUUGCCAUUUCAGCCGGAGGAGGAGGAUGUGCUAAACCGCAUUAUUGACAAUGCGCAAUACUUCCGCGACCAUAUUGCACGGCUAUGUCAUCCACUCCUUUCGACUGAAGCCGAGGUGGAGACACAGCGGUUCUUUCUUCGAAAACUUGAAGGCGCCGAAGUACUCCUCUCAUACGAGACCAAUUUCUUUCGUCAGGAGUUGCACAAGUGGUGUCCUGUCGCUCCGGAGCCGCCGCCCAUUCUCGAGGUCUCUCUUAGCACACGCAAACCACGUCCUACUAAGCUACAGAAGAUGUUGGCCGAGUACGGUGUAGACAACCCCGACGACUUACCUGAGCAUGCCAAAGGAAAAGCGAACAGCUUACGACGCAAAGCGGCAAAUGCUGAAGCGGCUGCAGCGGCAGCACAAAAUCCUAGUGGACAACUGUUGCCCCCGUCUAGCAGCUCUGCAUAUGGUGGGCCGACAUUCUAUAUGGGAUCAGGCGGAAACGCCGACUCGGGCACCUCCCCACGCGGACAUCUGAGUCACGCUGGUGUCUCAUCCAGCGAGAAGCAGACCAGAACCAACCAUAUGGAUGUGGAUAGCGGCCUGCAGCCCGGGAUCCUCGGCUCCAGGGGCCCCGUUUUUACUGACAAUUUGGCUGCAAGCUUGGAAGACCGGCUACUUCGAGGCCUGCCAGAAGAGGAGGUUGACCUAGACAGCGAUAUCGAUAAGAGCAGGGCUCUUGAAAUACUCGGACGUACAGACAGGGGCCGGCAAGACGCAGAGCAAAUAUGGGGUCCAGAUGUCUGGGCCCCUAAGCGAGGUUCAAUAAGCAAGACCAGACGCUCAAUCACCCCAAUCGACGUUGAUGAGACUUCCAGGCGGGAUGAGGGGAGCGUUGAUCAAAUGUUCAAAGAAAUGACGAAUCAAGAAGAUGGCGAAGAUGGCAAGAAGAAGGACGACAACAACAAUACAACAGAAACCGUGACAGCAGAAUCUCUCGAAAGUGAAAGAAAUGACCUCGAUGCAAUGAUAGAUGGAGAAUAG